GUGGGGCUCCUCGCCCUGGCAGCGAGUGCAGGUUCAUGGCAUGCGCUGAGCUGGGGGCUGGCUGGUCCCCGGUAAGCGGUGUCCUGCUGACCCUCGGCCACCCAGGCACCCCUGGUGCUCCUCAACCCGACACGGGGCACCGGGGAGCCCGCGGUGCCAUCCCGCCUGGUCCCCAGCGCCCUCCGCAGGGUGUCCCAGCCGGGCUGGUGUCCCCAGGCAGCAGGGACAGUCCCUGUGCGGCCGCCGUCACCGCGCGUCACCGUGCCGGUUACCUGGAGACGACACGGCGCCCCCGGCAUCCGCUUCCGCGGUGACGUCCUGCAGCCACCCCUGCCUCCAGGUCCUUGUGGCGGCACCGGGGGGACACCGGGCAGCCCAGCAGCACGCCGUCCACCCGUCCGUUUGUCUGUCCCCGCGCUAAGCUGCGGUCCCUGCCCUGGGGCUCACCUGCCGUGGGGCCGGGCACUGUCUGUGCAAAGCCACGUGCAGGGGACAGCGGGGACCUCAUGGACUUCCACGCCACGACCUACGUGGUGGCUUACGGUCACCCCGGUUUCCGUCCCUACCUCGGCCACCACGUGGGCGCUGGCUUCGUCUCCAACACCCCCUCCGAUGCCGCCGGCCUCGUCCGCCCGCGCAGCGCCGCAGGGGGCCACUUCCGGGACACCGCCGCGUCCACCACCGCCGAACACCUCCAGCCCCUCCUGCUCCCCGACGGCCGGAGCCUGCUGCCGCAGCACGUCCACCAGCCGGGCAGCGGCUACGGCCGCCAGCAGCCCCUUCCUCACCUCCGUGCUGGGGCGGUGAGCCCCCCGCCCGCCUCCGGGGAGCACGGCUCCGAUCCCGCCCAGACUGGUACAGUUUUUGGGGGGGGCAGCUCCAAGCCUGGAAGGGUUUGGGGGUCCCAGAAGCCCUCUGCCCCGUGCCACCCCCAAAAGCAGGGGGACGCCCUGGGCCGUGUGAGCGCUGGGGCGGCGGGGCUGAGCCCCCCACCCCCAUCUCCCCCCCGCAGACGUCCUGCAGAGGACGACCGUCGGCGCCAAGGAGGAGACGGGCUUCACCAGGGCCACCCCGAGGAGCGGCACCAUCCUGCCACCCACGCUGGGCCAACCCGUGAGCCCCCAGCCCCCCGGAGCCCCUCUUCCCCCUCCCAACGCCCGACACGUUUUUCUCUCCCGCGGCUCGGGGCCAGCACCACCACGGCGGGCUACCUGCCCCCUGCUCACGGCACGGUAAGAGGGACGGGGCGGCGGGGUGACCCCCGCCUGGGGACCCCCGUGUCCCAUCCCUCCCCGGCAGGGCGCUCCCGGUGCUGGCGCGGGGCUCCGACAGAGGCAGCGGCUUCAGCCGGGAGGCCCCGGGCCUCCUGAGCGUGUCGGUGAGUGGCUCCCGUCCCCGUCCCCGUCCCGCGUGCCCCCCCCCGGCCUCACCCGCUGUCCCCACGCAGGCCUCGCCCCGCCGCCCCCCCGUGCCGCUCGUCUCCCGGGGGCUGCAGGCCCCCCGCCCGGCCCAGGCCCGCCUGCGGGGCCGGCAGAGCACCGGCAGGAUGGCGGGUGCGUGCCCCCGACCCCCCCGUGCCCCCGGUCCCACGGGGCUGGGCACCCACCCCUCGAUUCCCCCCCCCCCCCCCAGGAGCCGUCGGGGUUCACCACUAACCACGGCCGGGCCGCGCCCCCCCCCCGUGGGCCCCGUGCCCCGCAGCACCGAGUGAGUGUGACCGGGCCAGGGGGGGCGGAUAACGGCCGGGGGGGCCCAGCCGUGACCCCUCGCCCCUCGGUUUCGCAGCGGAGCCCGGGCCCAGCUGCACGGCGCGGCCCUUGGGGGGGGCGUCCAGGCCCAGCGGCUUCGGCACCGACAAACUCCGCACGGGGCUGGGGGGCGGCGGCGGCGCCCGCUUCUUGGCGCCCCCCCCCCCCCCCCAUAAAAAGGCUGCGGAAGGGGGAUUAAAGGCGCGGGUCCCGCGGGGGGCGUGGUCCCGGCUCUGGGGGGCGUGGUCACGAUCAAGGGGGCGUGGCCUGAGCAUGGGUGGGGGCGUGGUCCCAGGUUGUGGGGGCGUGGUCUGAGCGUGGAGGGGGCGUGGUUUCUGAGUCGGGGCGGGGCCUGAGUACGGAGGGGCGUGGUCCCGAUCAGCGGGGGGGGCGUGGUCCCAGUUU